AAGAAACUAAAUAUUUUAAAAUCCUUAAUCAAUUAAUACAAUACAUAUGGGUUAACAUUAAAUGAUGAGUUGUGCACAGAUUACAAUACAAGAAUAUAUUCUAGCAAAAUCUUCUUAUACACCAGUGAAUACAAUUUCAACAAAUCAUAAUAAUUCGAAAAUGAUUUCUGAAACAUUAGAAAAUCAAAAAAAAGGAGAGGCGAUAUCAAUGAAACUAUCAUCGGAAUCCAAUGAAGAUGUUACAUUGGAUUUUGUUAAUACACAGCAUAAUUCUAGUUUGUUUCAAUGUAAAUGUAUUCAAUUGCCAUGUAAAUGUCAUUCGAAUAAUCUAGAAACUCCAUCAAUCAACUAUGCACCUCCGACGGAAUUAGAUUCAAGCUUUGAUGGCUCAAGAAAUAAAGAUCAUUUCACUUCAAUCACUUUAGCGGAUUAUUUUGAUGCAUUAAACAAACAAUCGAAUUCAUUGAACGGAACAACACGCAACCUAUUACCACGUCAAGUUAUUAGUCAUUAUCAAAUGCCCAACAGUCAAUCACAUUUAUCUGAAUCUUCUCUGUUUACAUUAUCAAAACAAUCAUUUGAUGAUAGCCACAAUAAUGAAUUGAUCAAUGAACAAAUCAAUAAUCAUAGCGAUACUAACAAUCAAAAUAUCGCAACUUAUAAUGGUAAUAUCAAUAAUAAUCAUGGCAAUGAACCAUCAUUUCCUGUGGAUUAUUUUAAUUAUUUGAAGAAACGACGUGCAUUUCUCACUGAUCGAUUGUUAAGUCGAUAUACUGAAUUAAUCAAACUAUUAAAUGAAGAAUUAGAGCUGACUGGUUAUCCACCGGCAAAUUAUUUACAACAUACACAUGCUUAUCAUGAAGCAUUGGAAGCAUUCAAAAGAAUACAUGGAGAUGAUUUAUCAGAAGACAUUUAUGACCUGAUCGUGAGUAAUGAUUCAGAUUUACAGUCAAAAAGUAAAGGUCGACAUUCGAGAUCAAUAAAUUUUAUUCCUAUGCGUGGAAGCCGACUACAAGAAACUAGUUUCAUGUUAUCACCUAGAAUAAUGCGUAGAGCCAGUAUAAAACUUUCAUCCUCGGCUAGUUGUCUAUUGAAAACCAGUCAUUCAUCAUUAUUUAUAGAAGAUUUAUACAAUCAAAAUCAUGGACAUCCAACGCAUUAUGAUGAGGAUAAUUCAAGUCAGAUUUUGGAUGAUCCAAAUAAUUCUAGUCAUUUUAUAAAAGAUAAUCCAUACGAUACAUUGAAUUCAACAGCAUCAAUAAAAAAACCUUCAAAAGAAAGUAGUCUAAUGCAAAAAUUGAACAAAUCCAUUCCUCUAGCUUUGAAAUCACGCUUUACCAACAAUAAUUUAGUGAAAUCCAAUUAUGAUAGAUCUGCUUCUAGUCCAUCUUUAUGUGAGUCUGGAAUCUUUGUUCGGCAGACAAUUGAAACAACAACAACAACAACCACCACCACUAUGAAAACAAUCCUAGAAGCAGUCAAAAAUACUCCAAUCUCCUCGUCUCCAUUGUCAUCACCAUCAGCAAUUUCAACCAAUACAACACAACCAUUGUCCAGUCAAUCAAGUAGGAUUAUUUCCAUCAUCAAUGAUAAACAAGAAAUUUGUAAUCCUUACAAUUUUAAAGAUAUACAACAAGCUAUCUCAUGGCUUGAAGUUGAAUUAAAUGCUGUAAAGAAUAUAAUGAUGGCUAAUAUGAAGUGUGCAGAUGAGAAUAAAAGUAAUAGAACGUCUCGUAAAGCCUAUAAAUUAGCUGUUAAACGUAAUCAAGAAACUAUAACUAACCUUCAAAAUCAAAUACACGGUCUACAAAUGUAUACUCAAAAACGUGAAUUAUUUAAAUGUUCAAAAGCUGAAACGACAUCAUCAUGUAAUGCUGAUCAUUAUAUGACAAAUCAAUCAUUCCUUAGAAUGUCUUCAUCAUCUUUAUCAUCACCAUCAUGUUCCUGUUCACCGUCAUCUUCAUUGAUGUCAAGUGAACAACGAUCAAUUGGUCAGUCAACAAAUGAGAUCUCGUCGAAAAUAAAUAUUCUAAAAAAAUAUAGUGAAAAAUUUAAACAAUCAUCUAUUAGUCGUUUCAGUUUAAGAGAUGCAUUAUUCACACCGAAAAAUUCUGAUGAUAUUGAAAAAAUUUCACCUCCAAUUCUUUUAUAUCAUAGUAAUAAUAAUCAAAGAGAUCUACCACAGACACCAUUUGAACCUAGCCAAUUGAAUAAUAAUAAUAACGAUAAUAAUAAAAUCAUUAAUAAAAAACCUAUUGACACAUUAAAACAAUCAUCACCUAGUGUAUCAUUGAAAUCUUCUCAAAAUAAUCAAAUCUCACAUAAUUCAACUGGUACACUUCAGGCAAGUAUUAAUUUAAAAGAAACAGCCACAGAAACAGUGAAUAUAAAUAAUGGUUUGGAAGAUGAUAGUAAUUAUGAAAAUAUAUAUGAAUAUGGGCAUCAAAGAGACAAUAAUAAUUUAACCACAACAAAAUCCUUGUCACCGGUACCAUCCUCUGUGUUUGAUAUGGAUGAGUCUCAAUCAUACAAUACAAUUCUUUCAACAUCAGCUAAAAGUUUCAGUGAGUUUGGAACACAAACAAUCAAUAGUGAAGGAUUGAAUUACAGUAAUCAUACUAAUAAUACUAAUGGUUUAGAUUCAAACAACAAAUUAUUAAUAUUAAAUGGAAAUGAUAAAGAAGACAUAUACAGUUGGAGUGAUCAAUCAUCAGAAUUAACUACUUAUCGUGAUUGUCUUUCCUCUUUUCGUCAACUCUCAUCUGAUUCAUCCAAUAAACUCAAAUCCAAUAACAAUCCUUAUGAUCAUGAAUUAUCCUCAGUGAAUACAACUGAGUCGGGUUUAAAUGAAAACAAACAUCAACAAUCAACAUUGAAAAAAUUCAAUAAAAGUCAAAAUUCAUUGUUACAUUUUACAAAACCAUCAUAUCUACGUCCAACAUUAUCAUCUUCUUCUUCAUGGUCAUCAGCUAAUUCUUUAUGUUCAAUGAAUCGAAUAGGACAACGUGAAUCGACAGUGAAUAUUGAUAGUGAUUAUUCAAUGUCGACUAAUAAGGUUUUAAAAUCUUCUCGUAGUACACAUAGUAUUCGAAGUACACCACAAAAAACAACAGUCAAUGUGGAAUUCGAUCAGAUCCAGUCAAAUGGAAUAAAAACGCCAACUAGUCAAACCAAUUAUUAUUUACCUGUUCAUCAAUUGCAUAAUAACACAAAUUCAUUCAAAAACAAUACAGAUCCACAUUAUUUACCAUGUGAACAAAUACGAUCACCGGUUAUUGCGAAUAAAACUAACAACAACAACAACAACAACAAAACUAGCUAUUAUCAUAGUCCUGUCAUACAAAAUCGUACAGGACAAUCCAUUCAAAAAGUUCAUGAUCAUCGUCAUGCACCUUAUUCAGGAGUAACAAAACAGAAUAAAGGAUUACGUAUAGUCUCAUCAGCGAUAAAUCUCUCUCAAAUUCCUUCAGAUUCUUCAAAUCACAGACGACAUGGUAAUCAUUCACCUAGAGUUAUUGAACGAGCCAAGUUGUAGAUUACAAUUGAGUAGUUGUUAUUUUUUUUUUGAUUCUGAAGAAAAGAAAUUUUUAAAUUUAAACCACAUGUAUGGAUGGAAUCGACCCGUGUCAGUUUGAUAUGUCAAUGAAUGCACAUAAUUCAUUUAUAAAAUAAUCAUGUGAUGUAUCUCACCCUGUGUGUGUGCGUACUCCCUGUGAUGAUAAAAACGAUGCUAUGGAGAAAAAAAGAAAUUUGAAAUGCUAUUGUUUACAUUGUUUCUUGUAUACUGCCCUCAUUAUCUUUUCAAAUAAUGAUUAAUCAUUCAUUGAAAUUGAUCAUUUUACCAAUGACAAUGACAGUAUUCUGUAGAUCCAUUUCAAUUUUAAAUGAAUUUCAUUUUUCUGAUUAUUUUUUCUUUUUUCUUCAUCACACACACACUAUUGAUAUCUAUCCUGUUUUGUUAUAAAGUUACAAAGAUUUCUGUAAACUUUUCCAAUUAUUUCAAUCACAUUUUAUUUUAUUUCUAUAUAUUUAAUCAUUUCUUAUUGUAGAAAUGAAGCGCUUCAAUUGAUUUAACCUUUAGGUGGAAAAAGCUAAGUGUUAUUUCCUUCUUUAGUAAAAAUUAUUUCACUUACCAUAUAUAUAUAUAUUUAUCUGUUUAAAAGAAUGUGUACAUUUAUGUGUGUAUGUGUGCGCGCACACACACUCGUUUUCUGUCUAAAUACCUUGAUAAUUUAUGUACAAAACUGUCUACAUUUGUACUAACUUACUUUCUAAUUUUACAACCACAAGCUGUGAAGUGUACUAUGUGAAAACGCUCAUUGAUAUAAUUAUCUGAUCGUUAAUUCAAGAAGAACAAGUAAUAAAUAAAUUCAUUUUGUAUU